AUGGAGAAGAAGAUGGUAUUAGUUUUGAGCAUGAUUAUGUUGAUAAUUUCAGGCAACUCUGCCGGCGUUACGUUGGGUCCCGGCGACUGUCUCGACGGCUGUUCCACUGCCUGUGUUAACUCUAACACUAGACUAAUGGCUCGGUGCGAGCGGAAGUGCCAGAUAAGGCUAAUAGAACCACAACUUCACCACUCGAACCAAAGCCCGGGAGGAAUACCCCACGAGAGAGGGCAAAGUAACCGGCAAACACGGCAACGAGAAGGACCCAAAUGUCAUAAGACUCGUAUCGGACCGUCAAUACCUCUUCUCUCCAUAGAGACACCAUUGUCAGGCCAACACCAAGAGUCCACGCUACUCUCGGCCCCCACACAAUCCGGCGAGCUCGCCACUACCGCCUCGCCGGAGAACCCCACUCUCCAAUCCGGCGAGCUGGUCACCACCGCCCCCGCCGGAGAACCCACUCUCCUCGCACCACGGAGAAGCAGGCAAUGGGAACCAAGACUACGGCAAACCGCACCCCAUCCACCGCUACACGGCGAAGAUGCCGGUCGCCAAGCCACCACCGAGACAAAAAGCAAUACAAUGUGGAUUUGA